AUGGUCUCAAGAGAUGGUCCUUCGAGGUCCAGCAAAGCCUCUGGGCUCAACUAUCAGAACUGGGACGAAUUCCACUCUACCCACGAAACAGACCAAUUUCCCAUCGACAUCUUGCUGACAGCCCAGAGACCCUUCAACACAUUCAGCAAACAUGGAUCGAAGUCUGUCAAUGAAACCGUUGAGCUGCCAGAGAGAAUACGAAUCAAUUCGAAUUAUGUUGUUCAGAUUCUCAACAAGAUCCGUGGAUCGAGUCGUGUAAAAAAUGGACCAAUCAUUAUGUUCCGCCCAUAUAAGACUUUAGUCUUAUUUGAUCAAGAGAUCCGUAACUCAGCAAUGGAGCUGGAGAAGAAAGCUGAAGAAAUCUCUGCAGAAACCCUGCCAACCUCCUCAAAUGCUGACAGCGAGAAUGAGGCGGAAACGGCCCAACUCAAGUGUCUCAUCCAAUUCAUGGAUACGCACCUUUCAGCAAGAGUGAGAUUCCUGCAGAGCCCUGAGUGCAACAAAAUCUUUUUCAGCGACCUCUGGCUUCUUUACAAGCCUGGAGAUAUUGUCGUGAACCGCGAUCUUCGUCAAGCAUAUCAGGUCAUCAGGAUUGAAACCGAGAGGAAACUCGUUGCAAGCAAAGGCAAACUCAUUGUGGAGAAUGAGUCUCUUGUUGUUCAAUGCGUUUGCAUCGACUUUGAUGGCCAGUGGCUCGGUCCCGUCCUCCGUAAAGUCGUCAUGAGGGCAUGGGGGCUAGCAAGAGAUAUUGAAAAUUUGGAGCUGAUUCCUAUGAAAAGGGCUGUCGUCCGCAAAGAGCAUAUGAGACAGGAUCUCAUUAGGCGUGGACAAACUUUUGUGAAGGCUGCCAAUGUGUCACCCAUGCAAUACAGUGGGACCACUCUUGACAAGAAGAUGGAAGUCAACGCCACCAUCAUCAUCGAUUUUCAAGAGGCAUUGAGCGGCGACGAAGAGAUGUUCAAAGAUUGGAAAACCAUCAUUGAACACCAUCUUGGAGAGUCGCGCAUGUUCGCUGCGGGAUUUGAUGCAUGCGACAAUAAUGCUGAUGCCGACUCUUCAAAGGAUGAGAACACGCAUGACGACUCAUACGUGGAUAUAGCUAGGCAUCAGAAGUUCAUUUGCGACCAACUUAUAUUGGAUCAACCAGGGACUUUGACAGAAGAAGAGUUAUUGAUCAUGAACUAUCGAGUAUUCGGAUAUAUUCUGAACAUAGCGAAAUGGGCUAUACCAAACCACAUCAAGGAGAUUGUGAAGAAUCUUACCAUUCAUCACCUCAAGCAAAUGAAUUCAACGAAGAUCAUUGAUUAUCAGUCUGUGGCUGCUAAUCAUGAAGGUACUUGCUUCUCCUAUGGCGAAUUUGAGGAUGUACUGCACUAUAAAAGGAGGUCUGCUAAUCAGAUGAGAUCCUAUGAUGUAGGGGAAGGAUUGGUCUUACUCCUCUAUGGCGAAACCAGUGUUGGGAAGAAGACAACUGCUGCAUGUAUUGCUCAGAUGGCUGGCGUCCCAUUGCUCCAGCUUGAUACAGAAAUGGCCUUGCCAGUCUUCGAAGAUGACUACAGAGAAUAUCUUGAGCAAUCCUUCACUUGGGCAAAACGUUGGGGCUGCAUUGUCGUGCUCAAUCAGGCCGAUACCAUCCUGCAGGGGCAAGUCGACUAUGGCCGUGGGGCUGCAUGGGACUCUGCCCACCAAACUAUCUUCCGCAGAAUUCUUUUGCGGAUGCUGGACACCUUCUCUGGCAUCACCUUUCUCAUUGCCGAUCGCAAGCCCUUUGUUGCCCACGACUAUGUGGAAUCAUCUGGAAGAGAGAUUCUGUCACGGGUCAAUGCAAGCUUUCUGUACCCGCCCCUCGACAAGGAUCAAACUUUGAAGAUCUUUGAGCUCAACAUGAGGUGGAUCAAUGGUCUGUUUUCGGAGCAGCAUCGGGACGAUUCAAGACCUGCCUGCCUGGUAGUAGACGAAGAUAUACUCGAGUUCGCCCGUGCUUUCCACAAGCAACGACACACCUGGGACCGUUGGAACUGCAGACAAAUCCGGAAGGCAUUUUGCACAGCGUUAGCUCUAGCUCAUGCAGAUGCUGAGCUCUCCCCCCAAGCACAAACCGAAAGUGAACUGCAGGACCCUUGGACGGUCCAUUUGAAAGCAACACACUUCGAGGUCGUUGCUAGAAGCACUGCCAGAAACGCCGAUCAACAGGUCCUGACACGGCCGCCCGACCCUGGCCAGCCGGUAGAUGCGAGGAUGCGGCAGCGCGCUCCGCAGCAAAGGCCGCCUCAAUGGCAACCAGGACCUCCGCAGCAGAUUCUACCGCAGCAAAGACCACCGCAACCGAUGAAUCCGGGCAUAAUUUUGCCGAAGACUCGGCAGUUACCGCCGAUUGAAUAUAGGGCACCGACGAUGCGACCGCCGCCACCGCCGCCGCCACCACCGCCACCGCCUAUGACGGACGUCGUCAAUCCCGGUACGGUGAGGCCAAUGCGACCAAAAGAAUUAUUUUUCUUGCUAUCUCCUCUAUCUUUGGAAGCCAAACCAGAACUGCUUUUCUUGGAUUGGGAUGCCUUUAAAGACGCGCACGCGCAAAAAGGCAAUCUUUGUUCUGCCAUCGACAUUCUUAAGGGCGAGCCAGUAGUCUCUUUUGACCAGGAAGCUCAAGAUAGUGUGUGGUGGUCACGAUGGGGUAAUCGUAAUAGAGGAGACGGACCCAAGUCUAAAAGCGACGCAAACGCCACCAUCGUCCACAAGGGGAGGGGCUCGGCCAGCACACAGCCCUCGCCACUGCCAGAACGCAUUCGGAUCCAUUCGAAAUAUAUCACUGCCAUUCUGGAAGAGAUAAGGGGCUCCAGAAUUAGCAAGAACUCAUUCGUGAUGUGCCGGCCGUUCCGCGCGUUGACCUAUUGGGAAGAUAAAAUACGAGCCAAGUACAAGGAGCUUGCCAUCAAGUUGAAAGAGCCAGCAGACCAUCUCGGUGCCGAGGAAAAGGUCGAAAGCUCAGCAACUGCGGAGCAAUCUGUUCUUGCUUCUAUCGAGGUGCAGUCAGAUAACCCUGGUGUCGUAGCAAAUGAUGGCUCUACUUCAAGACAGGAGCCCAAGCUUCCCAAUGAGGACGCUGCAUCGAUCUACUCGGGCUCUAGUUACCUUACUCUUUCUGACGAUGGCGCAGGGAUUGAUACUUCCUCGGAGGCUGCCUUUCAACAUUUGGCCUGCCUUGUUGAAUUCAUCGACAUGAUUCGGGCAAGAAGCCAGUACCUUUUGAGUGGUAACUGCAAAAAAGUGACCUUUGCAGAUGUUUGGCACCUUUUUAAGCCCGGUGAUGAGGUGCUAGACCAGGAACGACGACAGGCCUACAGGAUUCUGAGUAUCAACAGCUCUGGUCAUAAGACACUGCCCCCUUGGAGAGACCUUGAUUCUGAUGAGCCCGAGGGUGAUGAGCCAACAAUCACGCUUCAUUGCGUCUACAUUGCGUUCGAUGGUGAGAUGUUGGGUUCAGUAAGGAAGACCUUUGACUUCGUCAGUUUCGAAGGAGAAGGAGACAUCACCACACUUCCCGUACUACCGUUGCGUCUGGUCAAGUUUCUAGAUUCUGAGGCGACAAACGAGGGCACGGAAUUCCGACAGGAUCUAAUUGACAGAGGGAGAACAUUCGUUAAGAUGGCGAGAUCUACACCAAUGCAUUACAACGGGCCUCUUCUCCAUCCGAAGGAAGAGGUUGACAGUCAAGUCGUUAUCGAUUUCGAGCAAGCAUUUGCGUUUUGGGCCCGUGGCUCAAGCUUCAAAAAGCCCAAUGUCGAGAAGCUGAUCGGCAAGCCAAUCGGGCAACCUCUGCCUCCUCUCCCAUGCCUGGCAAGCUGCUGCGCUGGAGAGCAGGUCCAUCAGGACGGUUACGCUGAGCAGAAGUGGAAUGAAGCCUACAUUGGCACUCUCAUUCCUGACCCGCAAGAUCGAACGAAGAAACCUUCUCUUGCUAUUUACCCACGGGCUAUUUCUGACAAGACGUUUGAUGAGAACCAUUUGUCUGAUGAAGAUCUUGUUAUCAUGUCGUAUAAGGUCUGCGGGUUCGUUCUUCGAAGCCGCAAAUGGGCGCAAAUGGACUUGAAGUAUCUCAGCCCACUCAAUUCUGGAGGUAGAACUCGACAGGCCGGCGAUGAUAUACUUGCGAAUAAUAGUGUGACAAGAGAUCUAAACAAACCGGCAGAGACUACACUGGAUCAGUUGGUGCUUCCUCCAGGUCACAAAAAUAUCGUCAAAUCCCUCAUAUCUCAGCAUUUCCAAGACAAGUCCACAAGGAGGUACGAGGCUGAAGAGAAGGACGUGGUGCGAGGAAAAGGCAAGGGUUUGAUCAUCUUGCUCCAUGGUGCUCCGGGAGUUGGCAAAACAAGUACAGCAGAGGGCGUAGCAGAAGCAUUCAACAAACCUCUCUUUCAGAUCACGUCUGGGGACCUGGGCACUAAUGCGAGGGAAUUGGAAGACGCUCUGGAAUGGCACUUCUAUCUUGCCAACAAAUGGAACUGUAUCCUGCUACUUGAUGAGGCCGACGUCUUCCUAUCGGUCCGCUCACCCGAGGAUUUUCAGCGGAACAGCCUGGUCGCAGUAUUCUUGAGGGUGUUGGAAUACUACGCUGGCGUACUAUUCCUUACCACCAAUCGAAUCGGAGACUUUGACGAAGCCUUCUCAUCGCGCAUUCAUAUCAGCCUGUACUAUCCCCCACUGAAGCGCAGCUCCACCAAAAAGAUAUUCGACCUGAAUCUUCGCAACAUCCAGCAACGCGUCGAGGAAAGAGGAAUUGAAAUCAGCAUCGAACACGACCAAAUACUCAGUUGGGCUACAGAAUACUGGAGAAGGCAUAAGAAAAUGAGAUGGAAUGGGCGGCAGAUCCGAAACGCUUGCCAAACCGCGUUCGCGUUGGCUGAGUACGAUGCACAGAAUCGGACAUCAAUUACACCUCUUCAAGCUGAGACUCAGGUCGAAAGUACUGUCGAAGAGACAGGCAAGAUACAGCUCACGAUAGGCCAUCUCGAAACAGUUGCAAAGGCGUACUUGGAAUUCAUGCGAUACUUGCACGAGAUCUACGGCAAGGAUGCCGACAGGAGGGCAAAAGCAAUGGGGAUCAGAGCCCGGGACUUUUCUAUGAAGGAUUGGGCUCUGCAUCAAGAGCCACCUCCACAGGAGGAAGAUGACGAGGAGUCGUCCGGCGAGGAGGCUACAAGUGCCACGGCCGUGCUGCAGAGCAAACCUGUCUCGCAGCAGACAUCUGACCAGCCCUCAGAUAACGCCGCACAACAUACUCAGGCCACCAAUGUCUCGCAGGCCUCAGCGCACAAUCUGGCACAACAUACUGCGCCCGUUGCGAUGGCUCCGUUUUCCUAUGGACCAUUUCCCAUGCCCAAUAUGCCUAGCCCUUUCAGUAUGCCGGCCUCAUUCGGACAGACUCAGCAGCCGCAAGCCACACCUUACCAGCAUGCCGCAGAUCAACAACGCCAGUACUUCAACAUGGCUGUUUGGAACAAUAUGAUGGCAGGGGGUCAGCAGGUACCUUUCCCGGGCAUGGCUGGUGUGCCAGCGCAACCCUCAGGAGCCACGCCACCACAAGGUGGAUCCCAAUCACAUGGAGGCUCAUCAUUUCCAGCAGGGGCUGGCAGUUCAUCUGGUCAAGGUCUUUCAUGA